CGCUCGAUUCUCAAGUUGCCGCUGACUGCCGAUUUCCCCUCCAAAGUCCAAACGUUGACCUAAAGGUUGCCUUUUACCCAAACCGGCAACGGCGAUCUCUCAUCGCUAACCAGCUGUCUCUUCUCUCCUGUUUUAGAGUUGAUUGACCCCAUUUCGUCCUCUUCACCAACCCAUCACUGUCCGGCCUUAUCAACCCUUGGUCCCCCCCGUUCCCAUCUCUGUUUUCUAAACUCUUUCUUCUUCUUCUCUUUCUUCCCCCCUUUACUCGAUCUAUCGCAGCUUCUUUGUUCUCAUUUUUAGGAUUGUUCGACUCUUAGAAAACGCUAUCGGCAGCCCACAAUUCUCUAAACACCACCCACCAUAUAAUUCACGUGAAACGCUGUUGCUGCCAUUCUCGAACCACUCUGGCGCCAUUACCUCGCAUAUCUCCCCAUAUCAUAGCAUCUUCAAAACUAUAACUACCAACGACUGCUGUCGUUCAUAGUCGGCCAUCAUGUCCACAGACACAGUACCCCCCAACAAUAACACCAACGCCGAUAUGUACACACGCAACAGACGAGGAUCAAUCACCCAGGCCGCCUUGACCAAUCUCUUUCAAAGAGGGAACUCGGUUCCCAACAGCAAUGGCUUUCCAAAUCAGUCCUCGGGUCCAGUUGACACUAGUCGUCGACGUCUCUCCGUGACCACGCUUGGUCUUUCGGGCACUUCGCCCACAAACACCUCUUUCAUUCGUCGAGGCAGCAUGUCGACAAACUCCAAUAACUCUGAUUCUAUUGAUGAGAGUGCCAUUGAAGAUGACGACAUGUACUCCAAGACCGCACCCACAACACCAUUCGUUCGACGAAUGAGCUUUGGCACUUCGAGCAUGCGCAACAUUCGCCCAAAUGGAAGCCCUGGCAAUGGUAACAGCCCAUCCUCUCCUCCUACUUCUCAAAACGGGCGCCCCGUCCCAAGUGGUCGGAAGGCGUCGCUUGUUGGCUCCCCUAGUCAAGGGUCGAGCCUUGCGGCAGCUUUGUCUGCCGGACGUCGCCCCAGCCUCGCAUCUUCUGUCACACAGGCAAGCAACACCAAAAGUCCAAGAGCCCCAUCUGACAAUUAUAUUUCGCGCCCAGACCAGCAAGGUUUCAACUGGUCCGAGCAGCUUAGGUCUCGUGCCGAGAGUUCCGUCAUCGGUGCUCCUCGGGCUUCCUUCUCGUUUGCCUCCUCCUCCCCACCCCGGGGCUCCAUUCACGACCGGGCGAAAUCUGUUUCUGAGAUGCCGCAGCCUCCUGUCCAGGCUUCUUCUGUCAAGCAGUCGCCGAGACAGCCGGAAAGACCAAAGCCUGAUGCCUUUCAGGAGAGAAUUUUGAAGGGUGACUUUUACAUGGACUGAAAGCAUCCGCGCCUCAGAUGCAUGUUCACUUGAAGAUGAUAACGACGACGAUGAUGACACCAACAAUGACGAUUCGCCUACCUUGCCACAAUUGUCCGGCGCUCCUAAGAGCCGUAUGCUGCCUUUUAUACUCCAGUUGCACUGCUCAAUUUUGUUUAUGACAUGGUUUGCCAUUUUUCAGCAAAUAUCCCUUGAAGGAGAUCUGUUGCUGAAAACAAGGCUUGUAAUAUGUUUUAUGCUUUUGGUGUUUUGCAAUGAACUUUUCUAGCGGGAUCUACGGAGAAUGCAAAACUGGCCACAAAACAUGCAAAGCUGUAUCAAACACUCAAAGGCGUACAAGGAGCGGUAACAGGUUAUCUUGAAAUGAGACAUUGAAGGACGGGCAGGGAAGCUUCGAAUUAUAAAUCACGAGAAGAGCAAGCAUAGGGAAUGCAUGAACUUUAUAAGUUGUUGGCGUUAUGGCUUCGUCUUAUGAGCACAGCUAUGCCAAUAUUUGUAACUAGGAACCUGGUGGAAACGGUGUGCGGAGAGGACAGGGGCUGUCGACGCUCCCGAGCAUAGAAACAUCGAGGGACACGGUGAUGCUUUGAUCAUCAUGUGCCAGGGACCAAAAAAAAUAUAUAUAUAAUCAUGGAACUGGAAGCAGAUGAUAGCCGGGGCGUCAAGUAUCAAUAAUGUGAUAGACCACAGCUAGAAUGAAUGGAAUUGGUCUUGUCGUAAGGCCAUACGGUCAAUCCAUGUACCGAAAUCCUCCAUUCGGUAGAACUUAUGUCUCCAGCUUUAUUAGAAGUGUGCGAGUGAUGACCCAUAAUCUAAUUAAUACAUAGUCCAGGCUCCAGC